UAAGUUGGCACUGGCAGCGUUACAAAAUCUUGGACUUUCGAUGACAAAAUUUUACUGUUUUUGAGUUCCGACAAACAUCCAACUUCUCCCUCACUUUCUCUCUCUUCCUUUUCCUAAUAAUUUCGGGGGAGAUAAUGCAACAAUCUCACGAACUUUGUGUUACAGUUUCCGAGCAGGAUUCCGAGCAGGUUAACUCCUCCGAUGUGCAAACAGUUAGUGAAGGACAGUCAACUUUAGAUUCAAAAAGGGAAAUCCCUAAACUUUCUCUUCAGAUUCCUACAAAGCCUGUGAUAUUUACCAAUAUCCAAGGUGGUGAAGGUUUACUCCGGUCUCAAGUUUCAUCAAAAUGUGGUGCAUCGUCUUCAGGAGGUUUUCUACGUGGAUUAAGCUUUAAGAAGAAAACUAAUCCACCUCAUGGUGAAAAAAGUCGACUCUUAAAUUCAAAUCAACAAGCCGUCGCAGAAAGUCCAGCUUUGUCCCGGGUUAUGUGGGGGACAAGAUGUUCUUCCCUUCCAGGACCUGCAUUUGAAUCACCCCGUUCAGUUGCUACGCCUGCUUCUGCAAGAACUGCAAGUGAAAACCAGAGAUCAUAUAAAGGAGUCGUUAACAAAAACAUUUCAAGGUCCUUAUCUGUACCUGGCAGAAAUAUUGUUAUUGUCAGGUCCCCGUCAUUCGCGGCCAGUAAGGUGCAGAAUCUGUCGGAUGUUCAUGAUGACCAAAUAACACCUGGUUCACCUAGUUGUGAUAAUGAUGAAGAGAUUCCUGAAGACGAAGCAAUUUGCAGGAUCUGCUUUGAGGCUUGUGAAGAAGGAAAUACUCUUAAGAUGGAAUGUAGUUGUAAAGGUGCCCUUCAGUUAAUACAUGAAGAUUGCGCGAUUAAGUGGUUUAGCAUUAGGAAAAAUAAGAAUUGCGAGGUAUGUGGGCAGGAGGUUCUAAAUUUACCAGUGACCUUGCUUAGAUUUUCCUCUGAUGCGCAGAGGAACAAUGGGCAGGACCAAAGUCACCAAGCUCUAACUUCUCGAUCUAUUAGCGCUUGGCAAGAUUUUGCGGUGCUGGCCUUAAUUAGCACUAUAUGCUAUUUUUUCUUUCUUGAGCAGCUACUGAUCCAAGACUUGAAGACUCGAGCAAUUGUGAUAGCAGCACCAUUUGCAUUUACGUUAGGCCUUGUAGCAUCAAUGCUGGCUGUCUUCAUAGCAAUUAGAGAGUAUAUAUGGACGUAUGCAGCUGUAGAGUUUGCAUUUGUAGCCGUUAUCCUUUGUAUAUUUUACAAUGUGCUUCAUCUAAAUGCAGUCUAUGCUGUGCUUCUUUCAUCAGUGUUGGGAUUUUCAUUCGCCUUGAGUCUUAACGCUUUGUACAUUCGUUUUUUUUAUUGGAGGGUUCGUGCUCCUGAGAACUCCACCAGUGUAUGAAUUAUGAGAUUGAGUAUCUGUGUAUAUUGAUUAAAUGUAAAGUUUUACUGAAAACAGAAAAUAUGCAAGCUGCCCCCCAUGCCUCGAGCUGAUUUAUUAUAAAUUUUUCCAGAUUAAACUUGUAUUUUUUACAAGUAGAAAACUAGAAAUUUUAAUUUUAAAAAGACUUCACAUA